CUUUGGACGUUCGCUGCAAAGCAUUAGAACGACUCAAUUUAUAGAACAUCCAGUCAUUUUUUUAUCGGAACAAUAUGAGGGGCUUCUUUGUGCUUGUACUCACUGCUAGUGCUUGCACGUAUUCGGCGUUCGCGCACCCCGAUCAUGUGUUCCACUACGGGCAACACGCCCAUCAACAUGCACAAGAGGUUCAGCAACAUGUUGAACAACUUAUGUUACAGGGUCAGCAACAUGUUUCGCAUCAUCAGCACGAACAGCAGGUGGUUUCAAGUCCACUACAAGUUCAUGAACAUAACUCGCAUGGGCCGCCACAUGUUCAUCAAGCGCAGCCACCACAUCUACACCAUGGCCAGCAACAUGCUCAUCAAGGUCAGCAGCAUGGUCAUCAACAUGCUCAACAUGUUCCACAUCAUGUCCACACACAACACUUGUCACACCAACACGUGCCAAACGUGCCAAAAAUCACCAUCACCAGUGUUGUGCAGCAUUUGCCCAUACCGCAUAAGGGCUUUGAGGUGCCCAGCCGUGUACAGCAUAUCGUCGAUAGUGCCCAUCAACACAUUCCACAGGUUCUGAAUCAUCAUUUGUCUCAACAAAAGCAAGUUGAAUCAGCAGUUGAUGAUGAUAAAGUACCUUCGCAACCAAUAGUGGUGCCGCCUGCGCAUGUACAAAAUAUUGUAGAACAUGUUCAUUCACACAUUCCACAAGUGAUCAAUCAUCAUAUACAGCAGCAAAAACAAAAGGAGGCUGCUCAAAAAUCGGCUAUUGAUCCACAUGUACCACAGCUUUUACUUGCACAACAACAAGUUUCACAAGCUGACAAUGUACAGGGAAUGCAGGGUGUUGCAAUUUCCGACAGUAAGCCUUCGGAAGUGCCACCACAAGUGCAGCAAAUUGUUCAGCAUAUAAAUCAGCACAUUCCACAAUUGAUUCAGUAUUUAAGCCAACAAGCUCAACAGUUACAGCAGAUUGUUGAUAAACUUCAACAACAACAGCAAUCACAGCAAAAAGUGCAACCGGCGAUUCCAGCUAAAGUGCAACAUAUUGUCGAUAAUGUGCAUCAACACAUUCCACAAGUGAUCAGUCAAGCACAACAGCACCAAAAUGUUGCUCAUCAGCAGCAAAGUGGUGCCGCUGUAGGCCAAUCGCAACCAGUCAUACCCGAUGAAGUGCAACAAGUCGUCAAUCACGUACAUCAACACAUUCCACAAGUGAUCAAUCAUGUUCAACAUCAAAAGCGACAUGUCGCGCAAGAUGAGCAAAAACAACAAAAUCCGAUUCAGGGAGUACCACAUGAGGUUAACGGUGUAGUAAUACCCUCGCAAGUUCAAAAAAUUGUGGAUCAUGUCCAUCAACACAUUCCACAAGUGGUUAACGAGGCAAAAAAGCAGCAACAAAAACAAGGCGCUGACAAACAAUCACAGCAGGCCAUCGAUUCGAAACAAAGUCAACCGCAAGUUCCCAAUAAGGUCGAACAAAUUGUCAAUCACGCGCAUCAACACAUUCCACAAGUGGUCAGUCAUGCGCAGCAACACAAACAACAAGCUCAUCAGCAACAUCAAGGUAUUCCCGAUCAGAUUCAAGGUAUUGUGAUACCCUCGAACGUUCGAAAAAUUGUCGAUCAUGUCCAUCAACACAUACCGCAAGUCAUCAAACAGGUUCAGAAACAAAAGCAGCUAAAACAAGGCGUUUCCAAACAACUACAGGAAAAUGUCAGUUCGAACCAGGAGCAGCCGGCGAUACCAUCUAAGGUGCAGCAUGUUGUCAAUCACGUGCAUCAACACAUUCCACAAGUGAUCAGUCAUGCGCAGCAACACAAGCAACAAGUACAGCAGCAACAAAGUGGUGUCGCUGUAGGCCAAACGCAUCCAGUCAUACCCGAUAAAGUACAACAGGUCGUCAAUCACGUGCAACAACACGUCCCACAAGUGAUCAGUCAUGUUCAACAACAUCAAAAACGAGAAGUACCAAAGCAGCAGCAGGGCGUACCUCAUCAGGUUCAAGGUGUUGUAAUUCCUUCGAAAGUUCGAAAAAUUGUCGACCAUGUUCAUCAACACAUACCACAAGUCAUCAAUGAGGCUGUGAAACAAAAGCAGCAACAACGAAGUGUUUCCAAACAACCGCAAGAGGCCGUCGAUUCGAAACAAAAACAGCCAGCUAUUCCCACUAAGUUCGAACAUACUAUCAACCAUGUGCACCACCACGUUCCACAAGUCAUUAACCACGCUCAUCAACACAAAUCAGUAGUAGAGCAACAACAUCAGGGAAUUCCCGAUCAAAUUCAAGGUGCUUUAAUACAUUCGCAAGUUCGAAAAAUUGUCGAUCAUGUUGACGGCCGUAUCAAGGAUUAUUUUUCGGGGGGAGUUGUUGGUUAUAAUAAACAAAACUUCCAAGUGCAAUUCAAUCUUGAAUAGGAAACAGAAUUUAUGCAGGAACAUAUACUUAUGUACAUAUGUAUGAAAAUAAAUAAAAGUAUUCACAUAAAC